UCACAGACGUGUCUGUACUCACCAGCACUGUCCUCGAGCCACAGAGCUGCGAAACGCUGCGGGGCUACGCAGGGCUGACAUUAAUCCUAUCUAAGAAAGAAGGGGAAAGGAGGGUCGCCGGUGUGCGUGGUGCCCGUGCUGACCGAGCAGCCAGCUGCGGGGCCAGAACCCGGGCUGGAAGGGCAGCGGUGUGACAGCCGGCCCCCUUCGGAUCUCAGUCGCCGUCACCGCCCCAUAAGGCUCCUUUCCUAAAGCGGCCCUACGCGCGGUGCCAGCUGCAUUUCCUUUCCCGGCCUCCGCGCAGCCCGUCACGUCCCGGGAUGGCAGCACCACCUCCUGCCGCUGCCCGGCUCCGCAGGGGGGGCCUCCAGGGCCGGGCGCCUCGGGGCCGCCCGCCGCGUCCCCGCCCGUAGGAGGGCACGGCCGGCACGGCUCAGCCCCCUCCUGCCCGCGCGGGGCGGCUCCGUCCGCAGAGCGUCCCGCGGAGCCGGGCGGCGGCAGCAUGGGGCUGGAGCUGUACCUGGAUCUGCUCUCGCAGCCCUGCCGCUCCAUCUACAUCUUCGCCCGGACCAACAACAUCCCGUUCGAGUUCAAGCACGUGGAGCUCUUCAAAGACUCGGUGCUGGGAAAGAAGCCGGCGGCGGCGGCGGCGAGCGGCGCGGAGCGGCCCCGCACAGGGCCAUCAAAUAGUGAAGGGGCUGGCAAAAUCAGUCUCUUGAAGAAAGUACCAGCACUGAAGGACGGAGACUUCACCCUGGCAGAAUGCACUGCCAUUCUGCUGUAUCUGAGUCGAAAGUACAACACUCCUGACCACUGGUACCCAUCAGACAUAAAGAAACGGGCCCAGGUAGAUGAAUACUUCUCAUGGCAUCACACUAACAUCCGGGCUAAUGCUCCUAAGACCAUGUGGAUCAAGGUGCUGAUUCCCCUCUUCACAGGGCAACCGCUGCCCUCAGAGAAGCUGCAGGAGGUGAUGGAGGGGCUGUCUGCUUCCCUGAAGCAAUUUGAGGAGAGGUUUCUGCAGGACAAGGCUUUUAUCAUCGGGAGCGAGAUUUCUUUGGCAGAUCUUGUGGCCAUUGUGGAGCUGAUGCAACCUGUUGGAGUUGGUUGUGACAUCUUUGAAGACAGGCCCAGGUUGAUGGAGUGGCGCUGGCGGGUGGAGGAAGCUGUGGGGAAGGAGCUUUUCUUCCAAGCCCAUGAGAUGAUCCUGAAUAUCAAAGAACUGAGCAACAUUCAGAUCGAUCCACAGCUGAAAGAGCACCUGGCACCUGUGUUGAUGAAGAUGUUGAAAUGAAUUAACCUAUGUUACUAUUUUUCCUGUCUUUUUUUUUUUUUUUU